AUGGCUUCAGAACCGUACAAGCUUCACCUUAUUGUAAUCCCAUUCAUGGCUCCAGGCCACUUUAUCCCCAUGGCCGAUAUGGCCAGAAAAUUAGCAGAGCACGGCGCCAUGAUCACCCUCAUCACCCUGCCGGUUAUCGCUGCAAGAAUAAGGCCAAUCAUCGAACAGGCCACCGAAAAUUCCAAUCUGAAAAUCCAGCUAGUCCAAGUCUCUUUGCCACUCCAUGAAUUCGGCUUACCAGAGGGAUGUGACACUGUGGACUUAGUCCCUUCAAGAAACUUGCUAGGGAGUUUCUUCAUCGCGCUUAACGAGCUUCAACAGCCAAUUGAGCAAGUGGUCAGUGAGCUUAAGCCUAGGCCAAGCUGCAUUAUAGCUGACAAACACCUUCCAUGGACAGCCGAAAUCGCCACCAAGUUUGGGAUACCAAGAGUUUUGUUUGAUGGAAUGAGUUGUUUUUCUCUGUUAUGCAAUCACAUGAUUAGAAAAUCCCAAGUCCAUUUGAGUGUACCAAUGUCAGUACCCUUUGUGGUUCCUGGUAUGCCUGAUCAUCUUGAGUUUACUAGAAAUCAAUUAGCUGCAGAUUUGUAUCCAAAUUUAGAAUUUGGACAAAAAUUUCACGACAGAAUAAGAGAAUCUGAAGAAGGAGCAGAUGGGUUUUUGGUGAACAGCUUUGAGGAAUUGGAAUGGAAGUACGUUGAAGGUUAUAGAAAGGAAAAAGUAGGCAAAGCAUGGUGUAUUGGUCCGGUCUCUCUUUUCAACAAAACAAAGCUUGAAGUGGCUCAAAGAGGGAACAACCCGGCUGGUGCUGUUGAUGAAAAACAGUGCACAGAAUGGCUUGAUUCUUGGCCUAAAAGCUGUGUGGUUUAUGCUUGCUUGGGAAGUGUCAGCCGCCUUUUAAUUCCACAGAUGAUAGAGCUUGGUGUGGCCUUAGAAGCAUCAAACAAGCCAUUCAUUUGGGUAAUAAGAGGAUACGAUCAGGAAGAAGAGAUAGAGAAAUGGAUUUCAGAAAGUGGUUUUAAGGAAAGGACUAAAAGCAGGGCACUCUUGAUAUUUGGUUGGGCACCACAGGUACUGAUAUUGUCACACUCUUCAGUUGGAGGCUUUUUAACUCAUUGUGGUUGGAACUCAACAUUGGAAGGGAUUACUUAUGGCAAACCAAUGAUAACUUGGCCCAUGUUUGCUGAGCAAUUCUAUAAUCAGAAGUUGAUUGUUCAAGUUUUGAAGGUUGGUGAGAGUGUGGGGCCUAAGUUUGUUGUUCCAUAUGGGAGAGAAGAAGAGUUUGGAGUGUUUGUAUUAAGUAAGGAUAUUCUUGAAGCUAUAGAAAAAGUAAUGGCACAAGAUAAGGAAGGAGAGGAGAGAAGAGAAAGAGUGAAAAGGCUUAGUGAUAUGGCACAGAAGGCAAUAGAGGAAGGAGGAUCUUCUUAUCUCGACAUGAAGCUGUUCAUUGAAGAUAUUAGAAAUUUGGAUAUAUCGUGA